AUGUGGCUGGUCUGUGACAGGCACGCCAGGACGGCCGGCAGAAUGAACUGCAGCAAUGUUAGCAGUUCUGAGGCAUGCCGAGGGCUGGGCACAGAGAGCUCAAUGCUUUGCAACCAGUACAUUUGCCCACUGUUUCCGCUGCACGCCUUGAUCCCUGUGACUGCUGUGUGCCUGGCACUGCUGGUGCUCGGUGUCACGGGCAACGUGCUGACCGUGAUGGUGAUGUGUCGCUGCCGGGAGCUCCGCAACACCACCAGCCUCUACCUGGGCAGUCUGGCCAUCUCUGACUUGCUGCUGCUGCUCGGCUUGCCUCUCAACUUGUACCGCCUGUGGCGUUCACGGCCCUGGGUGCUGGGCUCUGUGGUGUGCAGCGUACUGCACUGGUCGAGUGAGGCGUGCGCCUAUUGCUCCAUCCUGCACUUGACGGCGCUCACGGCCGAGCGCUACCUCGCCAUCUGCUUCCCGCUGCGAGCCAAGGUCUUGGUGACCCGGUGCCGUGUCAAGGCGCUGCUGGCGGUUCUGUGGGCGGUGGCUCUGCUCUCCGCAGCGCCUUUUCUCUUCCUGGUGGGCGUCCGGCACAAUGGUGACAGCUUCAGCCGGGAGUGUGGCCCCACGGCGCACGCACGCCAGUCAGGAUUGCUAAGCACCAUGCUGUGGGUCACGACCAGCUACUUUGUGCUGCCCUUCCUCUGCCUCUACGUCCUCUACAGCUUCAUUAUCAGGGAGCUCUUGCACGGCAAUAAGAUCCAUCUUGGUGGAGCGUCACAUCGGAGCCACCAGCAAACCGUGCGCAUGCUGGUUGGGCUGGUUUUGGCUUUUGUGAUUUGCUGGCUGCCUUUCCACAUCGGCAGGAUCAUAUACAUCAAUUCUCAGGACACCAGGAUGAUGAAUAUCUCCCAGUACUUCAAUAUUUUCGCCCUGCAGCUUUUCUACUUGAGCGCUACUAUCAACCCCAUCCUUUACAACCUCAUCUCUAAGAAGUACAGGGCAGCGGCUUAUAAGCUACUGAUGACCAACCGAGCCGGAGAAAAGACUUCUACUGUUAUCAGAGAAACGGCUGGCUACACCGAGAGCAGCAACAGCAUAAAAACUGGGAAUGUUGCCUAUCCGUGA